AUGACACAAGUUGCCACAGAAAUCCAAGAGCAAUUACUGCUGAAGCUAUCCGGUCCGAAAUCGAAUGGUGUUUCAAGACCCAAAUGCAAACUCCUCAAAGUAUCUGGUACUUCAAUUAUAGACAGCGAUGGGGAAGUGGUCGUUCUUAAAGGUGCUGCUGUCGCCGGCCACCUGAACAUGGAAAAUUUUAUUACAGGGUACUCCGGUCAUGAGCACGAGCUGCGCGCCGCAAUGGCCGAAGUCCUUGGUGACGAGAAAGCGAACUUCUUCUUCGAGAAACUCAUAGAAUAUUUCUUCACAGAGAAGGACGCGGAGUUUUACGCAUCCCUAGGGCUCAACUGUAUCCGAGUUCCAUUCAACUACCGUCAUUUUAUCGAUGACGCUAAUCCCUCUGUUCUUAAACCCGAGGGGUUCGCGCAACUCGAUAGAAUCGUAAACAUCUGCGCCAAAUAUAACAUUUACGCUAUCUUAGACCUCCACGCGGCACCCGGCGGCCAGAAUCAGGAUUGGCACAGCGACUCCGGUCUCAACAAGGCUAUGUUUUGGGAAUACAAAGUUUUCCAAGAUCAGGCUAUAGACCUUUGGAUCGAAAUCGCAAAGCAUUACGCUGGAAAUCCCGUCAUUGCCGGCUAUAACCCACUUAACGAACCGGCAGACCCGAAACAUACCCGCCUCUUCGCCUGGUACGAGCGUGUAGAGAAGGCUAUCAGGGCUGUUGACCCCGAUCAUAUCCUCUUCGUCGACGGGAAUACUUACUCGAUGGACUUCUCUCACUUCCCCACCGAUAAAUUCCUUCCAAAUACCGUUUAUGCGUGCCACGACUACGCCAUGCUAGGAUUCCCGAUUCCUGGACAGCCGAGGUACUCUGGUACUACGGAACAAAAAGAUAAAUUGCGGUCACAAUUCGAACGGAAAGUAGAAUAUAUGCGGAAAGCCGGCAUUCCAAUCUGGAAUGGCGAGUUCGGACCUGUUUACGCUGACCCAUUGAGGGACCCCGAGGCCGAUCAAGUCAAUAAUUCCCGCUACGAAGUACUAAGAGAGCAGCUGAAGAUUUACCAAGAGACAGGCGUCAGCUGGAGUAUCUGGCUCUAUAAAGAUAUUGGGUAUCAAGGAAUGACAUACAUUAAUCCUGAAAGCCCGUACAUGAAGCUAGUCCGGCCAUUUGUGGAGAAGAAGGGGAAGUUGGCGCUGGACUUCUGGGGAUUCUCAGAGAAAGAGCAAGUUCAGAAUAUAUAUCAACCAUUUAUUGACGGGCUGAAGGAAACAAUUCCAGAGCACAUCCGGAGAGCAAAGUAUCCAAAUAUUUGGCAAUUUGAUAGACAAAUUGAAAGGGCUGUUAGGGAGUGCCUGAUGAGCGAGUAUCUGGUGAAAGAGUUUGCUGAGUUGUUCACUGGAAAGACUUUACAAGAGCUAGAUGACCUGGCAGGGAGCUUCCGGUUUGAGAACUGUGUGAGGAGGGAAGGACUUAAUGAUGUUCUACGAAAGGAUGCAGCUCAGAAUAGUGUUUAA